AUGGGCAUCCCCGCCCCUCCCCCCCCCUCCCCCCGACGACCCCCGCACACACGCCUGGAAACACGAACGCACGAAAGAAGAUACAUCUUCGCGAACGGAGACGUCUACGACGGAGACUUCCGACGGGACCGGGCGUGCGGGCAGGGAGUCUACCGCACCGCCUCUUCCGGCAACGGUGCGGGGGACUGCUAUGUCGGAGGCUGGGAGGCCGACCGCCGGCACGGGAAGGGGCUGCUGCGAUGGGAGAACGGCAGCAGAUACGAGGGCUACUGGAAAGCGGGAGCCAUAGAGGGGAAAGGCGUGUUCGACUACGCGCAGGGGGACAAGUAUCGCGGAGAGUUUAAGGCCAGUCGGAAACACGGCAACGGGGUUUACGUCUGGGCAAACGGCGACAGCUACAGCGGCGAGUUCUGCUGGGGCGUGAUCUCAGGGCUCGGGGAGAUCAAGUACGAGGUCGCGGGGCACCGCUACCGGGGGUACUGGAAGGACAACCGGAAGCACGGCUUGGGGACGUUCUGGUACGUCGACGAAAACGUGUACCACGGCGAGUUUUUCGAGGACGAGAUUCACGGCCGGGGGCGGCUCACGAUCUGCCCUGGUUCCAUCUUGGAGGAGGUCUACGACGGAGAUUUCGUGAGAGGCAUCAAGCAUGGCCACGGCGUCUACGUAUACCGCAAGGGGGAUGGGUUGGUGUACGACGGCGAGUGGGAGGACGGCCUGAGGCACGGCCAUGGUCUCCUCCGCUUCGCAGACGGUUCGUUUUACAAGGGGCAGUUUCACCGAGAGCGGAAGCACGGGACCGGCUGCAUGGUCUGGGCGGACGGGUCUCAGUACCAGGGGAAGUGGGUUGCCAACAUGAGGCACGGCGAAGGGACCCUUUUGCACGCGGAUGGCAGCAUUUUCAGGGGCCGUUUCAGUCGGGACAAGAAGACCGGUCCGGGGACUGUUACCGCCCUGGAUGGCAGCUGCUACGAAGGAGAGUGGGAGGAUGACCAAGUGCUGGGCACGAAGGGCAGGUUUACGCUGCUCACGGGACCCGCGCACGAGGACAGAGUGCACCUGAGGGUCUUCGGCUACUAGAUAGGCAUGGACAUAGGGAGUGGUCCCGCAACGAGCAGGUCUCGGCAGUAAGCAAGCAUGGUGGUACCACGAACUACUGCCAUCAUCGCUGGUAUAGAGUGUCUUGAUGCUGGGUGGUGUUGCCUCCUCUUGUGAAGAACUCCGAUUAGGUGGGUGGUUUCAGUUUUCGCGCCAGGACGGUUUAGCAGGUCCCUCACUAACGUGUACUCACGAACCACAACGAAGGUUACCGUGCAGUAGGAGGCCGAUGGUGAGCGGUGUUCCGCGCUUUCGCACGCAUUUGCUAAGCGUAUAGUCUAGACAGCUCAACAGACCUGCAGUGCGUCUCAUGCAGUCGUUUACAUCUCCUCUCUCACCUCGUCAGUUAAUGUGAUCGACGUUUCCAGUACGAGCCGACUCCCGUCCCUCGUGGUUGGACGCGCAGCGCAAAACUAAAGGAAAUCAAUCGUCGUCCCCGAUAUUUUCGAGGGCAGAAAGCAUCACCCACCAAUGAUUGAGGUUACACGUGCAAUCAAUCGCGGGCAGCCUUGAUGCUGCUAUGAUGCUCGAUUCAGAGGAUGCGAAGCUGCCCAUGAACACUGAAAGCAAUAUCGUCUAGACUACAGGCGGAUGACGGUGGCCGAUAUUUAGUAGUGCGGCGUGUGUGCGCUUGGGUGCAACCUGUUUCGUUUGUACUCCCUCCAGAUAAUGGAGAACCCUCGAGUGAAACCGAUGGUGCCAGGGUGCCAGCCCGUGUGCGAAACGGCAAUGUGCUGAAGGUUGAUACAUUAGUGUACAUACCUCCGUUGGAAGCGGCGCGCUGCAAAGCUCGUUGCUAGUAAACUUGAUCGACUUCAUGAGUCGCGAGGGAAGGGAUUGCUGUACCCUUCUCGCGAUAAAAAUAUCUCAGGCAGGAACCGCAGGAGGGGGUCCAACCCCCCCCUCCUAUGUGACCCCGGUUGGGUCGUCUAGUUGGUAGAAGUGGAGGAUAAGGGCCGGGGCAGACGACAGAGUCCAAUGAUGGGAGAAAAGUAUAUAAUACAGUACUAGACUAUACGACAUGGACAGCAGUCUACCGCCGACAAACCUGCUGAGAGCAAAAGGAAUGGUGUGCAGCAGCUCAUAUGAUCCUAGCCCGAUAGCUCUCUGAAGAAGUCAGAGUGAGAGAUACUGCUGUAGAGAGUGGGGGGUAGGAGGCGAUGCAAGCGCCCGUCGAAAAUCGCCCUAUGCGUACAACGACGAACCGGACGAACCAAACACCCGUUAUCCGUAUGACAAGUGAUGACGUGGACACAGCUCCCAAGCUGGUGAGGAUAAAGAGAGAUAUACCCAACUGCUUCGAAUCUCAGAUUGCUUGGCGUAACAACAUUGCCGUCACCCUGGCUUUCCGUAAGAAACACACGCCGAUAAGGUCUCAACAACCGCUCAUACGUAGUUGGUCCGGCGUCGGGCAAGAUUCUUCUACAUAUCGAAAAGAACCAUGCAGUGCCUUCGUGAACACAGUCCCGUGGCCUGUGAUUGGCCGAGCUUUGGUUGAUGUCAUCGGGCUCGAAGAUCUCUCAACCAUUGCGUCCUCUCUCAUCUUGGCAGCCCAUGACCCACGACCCCGCCGUUCACGCUCACUCUGUUUACUGCCCACCUCAUCCCUCAACCCCCUCUUUUCCCACACCACCACCUCACAUCAAGAUGAAGUCCUGCGUUGUAGCCGCUGCCUGCGUGGCUGGAGCCCAAGCCUUCGUGGCACCCAGGUGAGGGCAGCUGUUGUUGAGAGGCCCGCUUGAUCACGUGCGCCCUGGGUUCCUGUGAUUCUUGUCAUGGGUACGCGUCAACGAGACCGGGCAUCCGUGUGUAGGUCGCAAUGGUGCUGUGAUUCUGCCUACCGCAUGCGCUCUUCCGUCUGUCCCAAGCCCCUCUCCUGCCUGUAUUCAGCGUUAGUUCCAUGUUCGAUGCGCACAGGAGACGGCAGUCCACAUGCUUCGUCCAUCAUGUGCUUCCCUUCGCCGCUCACACCAUGCGAGAGAAACUACCGUCAAAGCCCCCACCCAUUCUUCUCCCCGAGCGCCUACACUACAUAGCAGCGGCCUGAACGCAGCUUCUCCGGGUGUAGCUCAUAGGGACAAUAGUUACACAAAAAAAAACACCUUGGCACAGCAUCACAAAUGCUUGUGCCUUUACUGCUGUACGUACCUGCUUAUUCAUAGAUGCCUCGCUCUUGGCACACUCCCUUGAAACGCCACAAACACCCGAGAUACGAUCGUCAAGGUGCGUGAGAUAGGUAAGGCUGAAUUCACACCUGAUGCCCAGGUUCGAGCAGACAAGAGGCUACGUCGAUGCCACUCAAACGAUACUCUAGCCCAACGUGACGGGCAUUGCUUCCCACAACAAAAUCACGCGUCAGCCGUUGUUGAAGCUGUGGUCUCGCGCAUGGAUUUGGUGCUUCACCUUCAGCGGCACCAUUUAUUUUUUGUUUUCAUGCCCUUUUUCGGCCUUUCCCAUUUUGCCAUUGGCGCCUGCCAUGUUUUAUUUUUGUUUCAAUGUAUGACCCAACGGAUCCAUCUCUAAGGAAAGAGCGUAAAGAAGAGUGUAAGAUAGAUCAGCACGGAAUCCAUAGCGUCAACUAAAGUUGCAUUUUUCUACGGUUUGCACCGAGCAGCACAUGUGUGUGUAGUGUUGCAGUCGGCAUCAUUGCCGGACUCACCAAUUGGGCUAGCGCAGAAGGUGUUUCACCUCUCCUCUGGCGGUUCUUGCCUUCACUCCAAUCUAUUGCGUACAAGCCGGUUAGUAUUUAUCCAUCAAAUGAGGGAUCGAAGGAUUCAAGAGGCCGCCGACUGAACCGCUCAGCAACAGCUAACUUUCGUUAGGUGAUGCCCGCUCAACUGUUAGUAGGUCGUGCCCUCCACUCGUUCGAAAUGCGGUCGAGACAUGAAACCGUGCCAAGCUUCAUUAACCCAGUUUUGUGGGGGACCCGCUAGUGCCGAUUCUAGUGCCGGUUUGAAAAGUGCCGGUGUUGUCGGCUCGGACACUAAAAAUACCAAGUCGUUCUGUAAUCCCGAAUAGUGACAAGUGUCCGGUGUUGUCUCGGUAAAAUCUCAGGACACACCCGCUCAUGACAUACCCCGGCACAGGAGAGGGCCCCCCACUAUCGAAGUUGGACCGUGUUGUACUCUGAACCGAAGUAACCUAUGGUUCAACAUUGACCGAUAGCCACACCCAUCCCAUCUCGAGGCUUUUCGUGUACCCCAAUACGGACCGGAAACACAGUCGCGACAAACAACCUGUGUUGUCUUCUGGAAUGACGGCGUAACUGCCCCACGAUAACUCGGAUCACCAAUUUACGGGACAUGCUGUCAACAUCGUCUAUUUCAUUCCCAACGUCAGAUCAAUCGGAAAUAUUGUUGAACUUGGUGAGAGGGAGUCGUCCACCGUUGAAAUGAUGCACCAGUGCCUGCUCUCAGCUUUUCGAAGGAGUUCAAUAUUUUCAAUACGUUUCUUCUCCCUUAUUUUCCCUGUAUUCCUCUCCUUGCCUUCUCCCUGUUGCCACGAACUAAACACCACAGCGCGUUCAACGGCGCC